AUUUUCUGUGAGACUAAUGUUUUCCUUCCACUAAAGUCAUACUACGACCACAUUCCCUUCUCAGAGCACACUGCUCCGCAAUCCGCAUCGCUCUCAAUCUCUCCGCCCCUAAGUCACAUUCUCUCUGUCGAACCUUCCGACCAGAUCAGACAUUAACACGAAUACCAACAAAUAUGGUCUCAGAUCAGAGGGUCUUCCACUACAGCCUGCUGUCCCUCUACGUCAUAGCUCCCAUGACCUUUAUCGCCCUCCGGUUCCUCCAAGCCCCCUACGGCAAGCACUACCGUCCCGGGUGGGGCCCCACCAUUUACCCACCUUUGGCCUGGUUCCUCAUGGAAAGCCCCACAAUCUGGCUCACCCUCCUCCUCAUCUCCUUCGGUCUCAACUUCUCAAAUCCCAAGUCCCUCGUCCUCAUGUCUCCGUUCCUCUUCCACUACUUCCACCGCACCUGCAUCUAUCCACUUCGCCUCCACCGCAAUUCCGCUCGCCGGAAUACGGCCCAUGGAUACCCGAUCAGCAUGCUGGUGUUGGCCUUUGUGUUUAACAUUUUGAAUGCUUACUUACAAGCCAGAUGGGUGUCUCAUUACAAGGAUUACGAGAAUGAUGGGUGGUUUUGGUGGCGGUUUUUUGGUGGAUUGGUGGUGUUUUUGGGUGGCAUGGCGGUGAACAUUUGGUCGGACAGAGUUUUGGUGGGUCUGAAAAAGGAAGGUGGGGGAGGGUAUAAGGUACCAAGAGGAGGGUGGUUUGAUUUGGUCAGCUGCCCAAACUACCUUGGGGAGAUCGUGGAGUGGUUGGGUUGGGCGGUGAUGACUUGGUCUUGGGUGGGGCUAGGGUUUUUCCUCUUCACGUGUGCCAACUUGGUACCCAGGGCACUUGCGAACCAUAGAUGGUAUCUGGAGAAAUUUGGGGAGGACUAUCCAAAGGGUAGAAAAGCUGUUAUCCCCUUCUUGUAUUGACAAUUUGAGGUUCCUUUUGUUGGUUGACUUUUGGUCCUUUGGAUGUGUGAUGGCUACAACUCUUUCCUUUUUGCAGCAGCACUUUAAGAAAACUAGAUUCAGCAAUUGACAUUUUCACAGGUCGAAUUGGUGGUCUUUUGUAAGGUUUUAUAGCUCGUGUAUGUAGUACCUGCCUGUAGAAAAUAUGCGCUGUAAUGGAUACAAGGUUGUCUUCUAAACAAA